CUCCGUCAUAUUUUCCCAAGAAAAGACAGACGGACAUGGCGAAACUGAAGAUAGCAGGGGCAUGGUCUGGGGUGUUGGAGGUGCAAUUGGAGGAAUGGACGAUCCCCAUGUUGAGACAAGAGGUUGCGAAGCGAUCAGACUGUGGUCCAGAAUCGAUCAACCUGAUAUGCGCAGGGAAGGUCUUGAAAGAUGGUGAUGGUACUCAGAAGCUUAGCGAAUUGGGCGUCAAGAACAAUGCUAAGAUCCUAGCAAGCCGUGUCUCCGCUGAUCAGGGCAAGUCCCUCAAACAAGAGUUAAUGGCUGAGGAAGAACGCUCUUCUAGACUGUCUCGACUCAAGGCUGCUGCCAUUUCACUCUCCAAGAGACAUGCAGAUGGUUCGUUACCCAUUGAGGACUUCAACUUGGAGCUGGAAAAUCAGAGUGGAGAGACAGUGCAAUUGGGAUCUGAGACUGAUCAAAGGGCAGUAAUGAUGGGUCUCAUGCUUCAUGCAAACGCAAAACAGCUUAUUAGAAGGCAAAACUAUAAAGAUGCAUUGGAAGUGCUCACCAUGGGAGAGGAGGCUUUUUCUCUCUGCAACCCCAAGGUCAUUGAGAUGAUUGACAACGUCCCGAUACUGCAAAUAGAUAUGGUGUGGUGCUAUUUCAUGCUCCGAGACAUUAGUUGGCUCUCAGUGGCAGGAAUACGCCUUGCAAAGGCAAGAGAAGGACUUGAACGUGCUUAUGGGAAGGAAUCCAGUCGUGUUAGACUCCUUCAAGGAGGGCGCCAUCCAGAGCUUGCAUUACACUUGAGGCUGGAGCUGUUGGAAGGAGUAGUGUCAUAUCACAGUGGUCAUAUUGAAAAAACUAGGAAGGCCUUGACCUCUGCACAAAUUAAAUAUUUCCAGCUUCAGGUUCCAGAUGAAGCCCUAUCACUACUUAUGAGCAUGGGCUAUAAAGAACAUGAUGCAAAAAAGGCCAUGCGCAUCAGCAAUCAGGAUGUUGAGAGUGCCAUUGAUUUUCUUGUUGAGGAGAAAACAAAAAAGGCACAGAAGAGGGAGGAUGACAUUCGGCGGAGGAAUGAGAUCAUGGAGCAGAAGCGUUAUGGAAAGACACAGCUUGGGAAAGCCGUGGAUCUCCAGAGAUUGAAUGAAUUGGUAUCCAUUGGGUUUGAGAAAGAGCUUGCUGCCGAAGCCCUUCGAAGAAAUGAAAAUGACAAUCAGAAGGCUUUGGAUGAAUUGACAAACCCAGAAUCCAAUUCUGCCAUUCAGCUUUAUAUUGAAUCAAGGAAAAGGAAAAGACUGCAUCAAGCAGCUGAUGCAGCAAUUGAAGAACUUGUGUCUAUGGGUUUCCCAAGAGAAACAGUGGUUGCAGCUGUACGGGCAUUUGGCUCAAAAGAGCAAGCAUUGAGUCAUCUACUUGAACAACCAAACCCUGAUCCUGCAGUUGCAUCGGAUGGCAAUGCAAACAUUCUUGGCACGGAUGUUUUGAAUACUGAGGGUGGUGUUGGAGCUCCAUCAGGUGAGGAUAGCGUUGGAGGUCCAUCAGGUACCAACAAAGUAGAAGAACGAGACAUAGAGAUGGAAGAUGAACUUGCGGAAGAACUACGAAGAGGAGAUGCUUUUUCUGACUAUGACAUUGAGGUUACAAAGGAAGGCGAAGCUAUAAAUGAGUACUUGGCUCUGUUGGCUUCUGCAGAGAAUGCUGAGAGCGCUCCGUCUUCUCACUGAGAAGAUAAUAAAUCUAAAGGAACAAUUAACUUACACUUCUUGUGUACAGGGCUUUCAUGUAAUAGAUCUAAAUGAACGUUUAACAUACACUUCUGUGUACAGGGUUUUCGUCUCAUAUCAGUAAUUUAUGUAACUGUUUGCUAA